GUUUUGCCAAAUCCAGUGUGCCAAAUCCACUGUGUGGCACACUGGACGGUACACAGUGGUCGCUGGAGAUAACUGGACUUUUUUCAGCACUUUCUGGGGAGACAAAUCAGACAGAGCACAGCAUCGUCUUUCGUUGCCUCGUCGCUCUCCUUCCCCUAUUCCCCCGGUAAGUCUCAGAGGCCCUCGCUGCAACCAUGGUGGUGAUGAAGAUGAAGUUCCCCUUCGAGAAGAGGGUGAAGCUGGCCCAUGGACUGUGGCUCCUCUCCUGGAGUGCCACAGUGGCCGGGGCCCUAACCUUCUCCCUGGGGUGCCUCCUCAAGACGGAGCUCCGCAGACGGGCAGAGAUGAUGGAUAACUCAGACAUACAUGUUGUGCCCAAUACCCUGAUGAUAGUUGGUCUAGCCUCCUUGGGUAUCAACUACUUUGCGUCAAAGAUCUGUCAAGAUGCCCUGGAUGCUGGGCUAUUUCCUCGCUGGAAGAACUUCCUGAAGCCCUACUUCGCUGUCUCCUGUUUCUUCACUGUCCUCAUGCUGCUAGCUGUCAUCAUGAGCUAUGCAAUGAAGGGUAGCUUGGAGUCUUCUCUGAAGGUUGGCUUGAAGAACGGCAUCCGAUUCUACAAGGACACGGACACCCCAGGCCGCUGCUUCCAGAAACAGAACAUCGAUCGGAUGCAGAUUGAGUUUCAGUGUUGUGGCAACAGUGACUUCAGGGACUGGUUUGAGGUCCAGUGGAUCAGCAACCGCUACCUGGAUUUCAGCUCUAAGGAGGUGAAAGACCGCAUCAAGAGCAACGUGGAUGGCCGUUACUUGGUGGAUGGCGUCCCGUUCAGUUGCUGCAACCCCAGCUCUCCGAGGCCAUGCAUCCAGUAUCAGCUCACCAACAACUCAGCGCACUACAACUAUGAAUUCCAGACGGAGGAGCUCAACAUCUACCUCCGAGGCUGCAGAGAGGCCCUGGUUAACUACUACAUGGGUCUGAUGAACACCAUUGGGGCUGGAGUGCUGUCAGUCUUUCUCUUACAGGGUUCCGUGCUGGUGAGCUUGCGGUUUCUGCAGACCGCCAUGGAGGCGGUGGCAGGGAAUGAAAAUACAGAGAUCGAGACAGAAGGGUACCUGCUGGAGAAAAGUGUGAAAGAAACCAUCAUGGAUUAUGCAAACCCUGUGCUGAAGUUCUUCCUGCUUACAAACCAGGUGGAAGAGGGAACUGCAGCAGGAGCGACCCCAACUGCUUGAAUCCGCCUAAAUCAAAUGUGAAGUACACACAUGUAAAUAAGUUUUAUCAAUCAAUCAAUCAAUGAAUGACCAUUUCAAUUUGAAAGAGAACAAGAACCAGAUUUCUAUGAAUUUCACAGAUUUAGGCAUAUAGUAUUUUUUUAUUGUCUGAUGACCUUCACAGGUAAAGCAAACAUUUAUUAUUACACUAUACUUGACCCAUUCAUGUUCUGAACUCAUACCUUCUCUGUUAACCACAUACUGUAUAAUAACAGCGAAGACACCCACAGAAAUUAAUGUAACCCCAUGAUUUCUACUGUUUUUUAGAUACUUUUGUCUGUAAUUUACAUGAAUGAUGAACCCUUUGUUCUGCAAAUACACAAAACCCUGUCAUUGUUUUCAACGUGAUGUGCAUUGCUAAUUACAUUCCUACGAUACUUAUCUGUGUCUAAGGCAAUAAAUCAAUCAUCCAUCACUCAGUCGAUGGGUAAACAGUAAUUUACGACGCAGUGUACAAACAACAAUGAUUUACGGUUCUACAAAAACAAGCAUGGGAAACAGUAUUGUAUAGAAACAUGAGGCACAAUGCUCUGCCGUACAACAGGAGUAUGACAUAAUAACAGAUGACUCAUUAAAGUUUGAACACACAAAUUG